AUGGACAGAUUAAGAGACACUCUCGAUGACCUGCUGAAAACGGACGUUAUUAAACCAGUGAAAGAGCCUACAACAUGGGUGAACAGUUUAGUCAUAACUGAGAAGAAAGACAAAAAUAAGUUAAGGGUGUGUCUGGACCCUACAGAUCUGAACAAAGCCAUUUUGAGGCAACACUACUCAAUUCCGACUGCAGAUGAAGUCUUGUGCAAAUUGUCAGAAAAGAAGAUCUUCUCAGUGCUUGAUGAAAAGGACGGCUACUGGCAGAUCAAGCUGGAUAAAGAGUCAUCACUUCUGUGCACCUUCAACACACCGUGGGGGCGCUAUCGAUUUAAACGGCUCCCGUUUGGAAUCAAGUCGGCGAGUGAAGUGUUCCAGCAGCGCAACUGUGAAAUGUUUGGGGACAUUGCUGGUGUUCACAUUAUAGCUGAUGACAUGAUUAUUGCUGCUUCCACAGAACAGGAGCAUGACGAGAUACUGCACAAUGUGAUGACCAGAGCAAAAGAAGCUAAUGUCAAAUUUAACAAAGACAAACUCCAAUACAAGACAAGCCUGCAUUACAAAGAGUGCUGGGUAUGA